AUGCCUCGUCCUCAUUCCACAAUUCCCGCCCAUCUACCUCCUCUUCACCUUUAUCGACACAUCCUUCGCGAAACAUCGUAUCUCCCUCCAGCAAUACGUCCAGAGGUUACGCACCGUAUUCGCACACGAUUUCGAAGUCAUCGAAAAUAUGAUCAUCUCCAAAACAAGCACCGCGCCGCUGCGGCCAAUCUUCUGCGCAGAUUAAGAGCAGCAAACAGUGGCAAGCAAUCAAGCAUGGCAGACUUGAUGAUGGACGCAUUUGGCAGAACAGGGGCUCGAAGGCGAAGCCUACUUUCGGACUAUAUACAACCCGAACCUCCCAGCAACUCGGAUGAUUUGGAAGCCUUGAUCCAAAGAGUUGAAGCGGAUGAAAAGCCUCCAGAGACGGCCAAGCCUAAAGGAACUGAGUUACAAAAUCAGUCCUCUCCACCUAAACCAGCCGAAACAGCGAUAGAAAGUCAAACCUCUACGAAUUCUCCAGAGGACACGAACGAAACACCGGGCAAUGUAGAAGAAACAAAAUCAAAGGCAAAUCUAGUAAGAAAAGGACCAAACCCUCUUCAGCCAGCAUUCUAUGAGAAGUGGAACACCGAGAAGCUCCGAAAGCUCCUCCGCAGUCAGAGGGAUGUACAGCGAACAUCAAGACUAUCUUGGCCUAAAACCGAUAUCAAGAGUCUUAAUCCCGAUCAUGCGGUCCCUCGUCAAACCAUAUGGGGAAAACCACCACCACCAAAUAUCUAUCAAGCCAAGCGAGCAAGCUUCUGGAAGCGCAUUUCAGGCAAAGCGAUGCCACCACUUGGAAAAGAUGAGUGGGACCUUCUAGGCCGGCUCAGCAGCGGCGCUCAACAGGAAGAUCAGUGGAAGGUCCCGGAAAGACGACCUGCUGCGAAGCCCUCACGUGGUGCUACUACUAAAUCUGAUGCCUGGGAUUGGGAGGGAUAUGCUUCUCGGCCAGCCUCCCAGGUUGAGCGUCAGAGUCCGCUAUCCGUUUAUGCUUUGGUUGGACGGGAUACGGAAAAGCAUCCAUAUCAGCCAAGAUUCGACCAUCAGGAAUUUUCGCCCAGAUGGUUUAAGCGCGCUUAUCAACGAGUCUGGCAGUUCACCCCCAAGAUGGAUCCAAAUUCAAAGCCAGACAGGCCCAAGUUCAUAUGGGGUGCUUUGACAAAUCCCGCGGUCCCUCCUACAAAAGCGCAACUCACUAUUUUCGAGGGCGUCGAUAGCAAGGGUAAAAAGCCAAAGCCGUCCUCCCAGAUUCAACGGGCGCCAAACUCACGAUCAAGGACAGCGGCCAACCCUCUUAGAACGCGGAAAUCAUAG